UAAGGUACAUAAUCUCAGUUGCGAAAUUUGUUCCAGUGGAGAAGCAUGUUUGUCUAUUACGCUCUCGCUGUUAUUAUUUCCCUGAUAAUUUACUACUUUCUUUUAAAAAAUGAUCAUAGCAGCAAGGAACCACCAGGACCAAAACCAUGGCCAAUUAUAGGAAAUCUGUCCGAUUUGGCAAAGGCAUCGGAUAACAUGACCUUGUCGAUGGGAAUAUUGGCAGAAAAAUAUGGGGAAAUAUAUUCCUUAAAAAUUGGAUCCAAGAGGACAGUCAUCCUCACAUCGAAAGAAGCCAUGCAAGCCAUCUUCACCAAUGAAGCCACGUUUGCUCGAGAUUUCACUGGAAUGUUUGCAGAUCGAAGUUUCAAUAAAAAUUUAGGAAUUGCCUUUUCUCAUGGAGAAGUUUGGGAAAAGUUGAGACCUUGGGCUUUUAAAACUUUAAAGGAACACGGUUUCGGUAAAUCUGCAGACAUGGAACAUUUCAUUCAGGUUUCAUCCCAACGUUUAUUCUCCUCAAUUGAUGGCAAGAUUGGAACCUAUAAGAAGAGUUGUGACCUCGAUGUCGAGCUUCUCUUCAACAAUUCCAUCCUUUCCAUCAUGUGGCAAAUGGUGGUUGGCCGCAUUUCCCCGGAAGAUGAACCGUACCUAAAACUCAUCGGGGAGAAAGGGGAUGCUUUCAUCCGAGCCAGCGUUUUUGCGACGGGGAUCGUCAAUGCGUUUCCUUUUUUGAGAUUCAUCUUUCCAAAAGCCUUAGGAUAUAAUUUGCAAAUGGACUUUUUCAAAACGUGCAAUGAAAUUGCUCUAACUUUGUUCAACGAAAUGGUACAAAAACUGAGGAAAUCACACAUAACGCCUACCAAUUUAUUGGAAUCCUUUGUCCAAAAUUGUAGCACGGAUCCGAAAAUUUUUAACGGUGAAAAUUUCCAGCUCACAUUUCAAGACUUGCUUCUCGCCAGUGCCGACACGUCCAGUUCUUACAUGGAGUUUGUCAUGUUAUAUCUCGUCGCUUAUCCGGAUGUACAGGAGAAAGUUUAUCAAGAAAUUUUAACAGUUGCAGAGAAUGGGGAAGAGCUUAGUUUUUCAGAUAGAAAAAAGAUGCCGUACAUCCAAGCCUUCUUCUUGGAGACACAUCGGAAGGGUCGAGUCCUGCAAAACAUGGUGCCGCGUCGUGCUCUGUCGGAUAUUGCUUAUAAAGAUUACAUUAUUAAAAAGGACACAAUUAUCAUGGCUGACACGCGGCUGUACUUUGAGAGCGAGGAAAAUUGGACAGAUCCCGACGCAUUCAGACCGGAACGCUUCCUGAACGAAGAUGGACAAGUUGUAAAUGCAGGAAAUAUUAUCUCUUUUUCGUUUGGGAAAAGAAACUGUCCUGGAGAACUGCAUGCGAACAUUGUUGCAUUUUUGUUGACCACCUUACUCCUCCAACGGUACAAAUUGAGCGUUCCUAAAGGUCAGGAAGUUCCCAGGUUGGACUUGAGGCCUGGAUUAACUCUAAAACCGCAUCCUUUUCAAGUUACAUUUACCAAGCGAUAGGAUAAGGACAUGAAGAUUUUGAAAUAUUAAUAAGUAGUUAUACAAAUGUACAUAAGUGAGCAUUAUACGUGAGCAAACGUGUUUUUAUAAAUUUCAUGCUAAUUCUAAGGAAUUUGAAAUAUAGUGCCAUUUAUAAUAAAAAUGGUGAACUUAAUUUUAAGGAUAGACAUAAAUUGUGCAACAUAUUACAUAUUUUAUUUUAUGCACAUCAUAUUCCUUAAAUGACAAGCGACUUAUGAUACAGAGUAUGUUUUUGUACACAAACACACUUCAGUCAAAAUUUUCAUGAUUUAUAUAAUUCAACAAUUUUAUGAAUACUCUUGAAACGUUACAUUUAUAACUAUAACUAAUCAGUUUCUUUAGUGACAUAAUUUAAUUAACUAAAUUAUGCAUUGCAACUGGAGAUGCUACUGGUUUUUUGUGUAUGUCUCAAGCCACGCUCAACGAGUACUUAAAUUAAUAUCAAAUACCUAUGUAGCUUCAAGACGCAUGUAUGUAUGUAUGUCUGCCCUCAGUACCUUCCACGUGUAUUAUUUAUGUACGUAAAUACAUAUUUAUCUAUUUACGUACUUUGUGUACUUUAAAAGUUGCAUGAAAAUACAAAAUUUUACGAUAUGAUGUCUGUCAUCUGUAUGAUACACAGCUCGGCAAGUUAUGUUGUUGUGAAUUUAAUCGGUUCUACAAAAUAUAAACGACUUAUUGAAUAGAUAAAUGCCCAAGCGUGUUUUUGUUACCCAUGCAA